UCGUGCGUGCUGGAGAAGAAAAGAAGAAAGGAGGAGGAAAAGAGAAAAAGAAAAGGAAGAAGGAGAGAGAGGCGUGCGUGCUGGAGAAGAAAAGAAGAAAGGAGGAGGAAGAGAGAAAAAGAAAAGGAAGGAGAGAAGUGGACCAGGGAAGAAAAGGGGAAAAAGAGAAAAGAAAAGAAAGAGGAAGAGGAGGAGGGAGUGGAGGUCAUGUGUUGGUGUGUGAGCGGUUUGGAAGAAAUAAUGUUAUCUCCUUAUAGCUAAUUAGGUGUGGAUACGUGGUAGAAAAAGAUUUCUUUUAUUUUCAAAAAUUUUAACUUUUAUUAAUUACAUUGGGACCCCUACUAUAUUAAAAUCUUAUCUUUUUGCAACUAAUAUAUAACCCCACAUUUAAUUUAACUACAAUCUACUCACACAAUUAAUUAUUUAUUCUAUUAGGACUCAUCAUCAUUAUUAUUUAUUUACUAAAACUCAUUUUUAUACCAAUCAUAUGAAUUUAUCUACUUAAAAAUUAUUAUUAGUCUCAUCCUAUUAAAUAAAAAUAAUUUAUAAAAAAUAAAUUCCAUAUUUAUUUUUCUUGGUCUUUACAUGUUUGGUUUUAGAAUUUGGAGUAUGUGCCUAUGUGGUUAUUUGGAUUUGUAAUUUUUUGGGUUUGAAUUUGGUUAUUUGGAUUUGGUUAUAUGGUUAUUUGUUUGUGCCUUUAUGUUUUGGAUUUAUAAUUUUGUACUAAAGGAAAAAAGGUCCAAAAAGUAUAAUUUUUUUUUUUUUUUGAAAAAAUUAAAAUCUGCACAAAAACCGGCCCAAAACCAGUGUAAACCCAGCCCAAAAUUGGAACUAAAAAGCGGUUUUAAAACCGCCAGUUAUUUGCUAACCAGUGAUUAUAAAAAUAAUUGUUUCUGUCUAGGCAAUUAGUGGUUGUGGUUGUGGUUGAUAAAAUGGAAUAACCGCUAGGCGGUUAGCAGUUUUACCCAAUAACCACCAGUUAUAACCAUUUGUACACCCCUACAUUUGGCCUCGUAGUUAUAUUUUUUAUAUUAACAUAUGAAUUAUUACUUGGUCUUUGUCUUUGUCUCUGUGGUCCAUGCUAUGCGACAACUCAUUAAGUUGGGUUGAGGCCUGAGGACAUCAAUAAAGUAGUGGAUGAGAGGGAAAAAAAAAAAUCAAAGAUCAUUUGCUUUUCUGUUGCAUCAAUAAUUAUGUGCUUCUGUAUGUGCGACAUAAAGUUUUUCCUUCAGCUUGGUGCGACAUAAAGAAGUUUGGUGCUUGGUGCUUUCCUUCAGCUUGGUGCGACAUAAAGUUUUGUUGAUGGUACAAAUUAUUGGACGUCGUGCCACGUAGCACCCGUAGAUAAUAUUUUCGUACACCACUAUCUUACAUCUUACGGUCAUGGUUCAUCCUAAUGCUCUAGUAAGGAUUACUUGGUCUUUGCCUAUAUAUAUAUAUAUAUAUAUGGAAACAAUGUUGCCUCUCACAACCAACUCUCGGCCUUUUCUCUUUCCUUCUAUCCAUAUUUGUCCAUUUUUUCUUCAUCUUCAUCUCCCAUUCCAUUCUUCUCUUUCUCAUAGUAGCUCAAUCUGGAUAUAUCGACUUGAAGUGAUUUUGCGACGGAAGCUGCUACUUAUGAUUGUCAUCAUUGCCAUUUUCAUGGUUGAUUCAACUCGAUCAAAGAUAUAUGGCAAGGCAUAAAAACUAUUAACCCAAAGACCAUAUUGUGUGAAGAGAUAUUUAUAGGAGUCACAAAAAGAUGGAUCCCUCUAGUUCGUCUGAAUCUCAAGUAUUUGUUAAUGAUAAUAAGCCUGAGCAAAACCAAAGCAUUACUUUCAUGGAUCGUGAUUCCUACAAUGCUGCAACAAAAGGCAAAAUUGAGUUCUUCAAAAAUAUCGCCGAUCAUAAGUCUCUUGACCACCUACUAACCGCAAAUAAAAACACAAUCCUCCAUAUUUACAUCACAGCCCUCAAUUCCCAAUUAGAAUCAAGAACACCUAUUGCAAGAUCAGAAUCAACAACAACCCUCAAUACAAGAUCGGAAUCAACAACCAACUUUGUGGAAGAAAUUCUUGAAAUGUGUUCGCCAUUGUUAUGGCAAGCCAAUGUCAAAGGUGAAACUCCAUUGCACAUUGCGGCAAGGUACGGGCAUGAUGACAUAGUGAAAGUUCUAAUCAAAUAUUGUGCCCAAACUCCCCAUCAAUACCUUGAAGGAGGGAUUGAACCAGUAAAGGAAAUGCUCAGGAUGACUAACAAAGAAAAAGACACGGCGUUACACGAGGCUGUACGUUUUCGUCACCUUAAGGUUGUAACAUUGUUAAUUGAAACAGACCCAAAUUUUUCAUAUUCUGCUAAUGAUGCUGGUGAGACUCCUCUUUACAUAGCUGCCGAGAGAGGGUUUGAAGACGUGGUGAUCGAAAUUUUAGACGAAUGCAAAUCACCAAUGCAUGGUAGCGGUGGCCCCCUUGGUAGGACGGCUUUGCAUGCUGCUGUAAUAUGGGGUGAUAAAUAUGAAGAUAUGACCACAAGAAUUCUGAAACAAGUUGAAGGUAUAAGUAGAAAAGUUGACGAUGAGGAUUGGACUCCACUUCACUUGGCUGCAUACUUGGGCCAUUCAGCCUUAGCAACGCUGUUGUUGAAUGAUGAUAAAUAUGUAGCAUACAUGAAAGACAAAAACGGUAGGACAGCUCUUCAUAUUGCAAUUCAACAGGGUAAUGAUGAUAUAGAAAAGACCAUUGUAUCAAGUUGUCCAGAUUGUUGCGAACUAGUUGAUAACAAAGGUUGGAAUGUACUCCAUUUUGCUAUCAUUUUCCACUCCCAUGGAUCGCAUCUUUCUCCAGUGGAAAAGAACACACAUUUAGAGAGGAUCAUUGAAAUUAUCAGAGAAAAUUCGUGUCUCGACAACCUUUUGAAUGAGAAGAAUGCCGAUGGGGAUGCACCUCUUCAUUACUAUAUGAAAAAAGGUCGGUCAGCUGAGAAUUUUUUUGGUCACCCUCGACUCGACAAGAUGGCUUUCAACAAAAAAAACCUCACCGCGUUCGAACGUGCUUCAGGUUUAUUUGAAUUUUUCGGAACAAAAGAGGUGAGUGAAAUUGAGCGUGCAAAGGGUCGACCACCUCUACGAGUAAUAACUUACGAAGACAAUGCCACAAAACCAGCGAACUAGUUGGAGUUAUCUUAUUUGCGGAAUACAGCUGGAGCCCAUUUGAUAGUGACAAGUGUUGUCUGAAUGAGUUUUCUUGUUACUUAAUUUCGCAUGUUACAAAUUGAUGAUACAUAUUACAUAAUAUUGAUAUUUGAUGUACUGUUUGCUAAGAGAUGUUGUAUUGUUACAAACAUGAUUUAUUUUCAGCCGUUUCAAACGUUUUUACUGCUUGACCUUAGGACAUGUUCAUGAGUUUUUAUGAAAGAAAAAUUCAGUUGUAAUAGUUAUGACAGUUACUAAUUUAUAACUCUUACAAGCCAUUCAUUCUUGAC